AUGGUGACUAAAACUACUUUUAAUCUAAAAGACACAACCACCACAAGAAAAACGUUGCCUUACAGAACAUUAGAUCCUGAUGAGCGUCCAGAAAAACAACAUGUCACAUUGGGAUUCAUAUUGGCAUUGGUCGCAGUGGGUCUAUUUUGCCUUGGUCUUACCCUGGCCUACGUGUAUAGAAAACGACAGUUAGCUGGCAGAAACAAUGGCAGAAACUCUCAUUUCCAUACAGACAACCAAGGUCAACCAACUUUAUCUAUGGCGAUGAAAAAUAUAAAUGCAAGAGGAAGAGCUUCGUCGUUUCCAGUUGUGGCGCUCCAGGACAUGCGAAUCUUUGACAGGCUGCAUACAUGUACGCAUCUCCAACGUCAGUUUUCAGUGCCUAAUAAUUUUGCAAAUAGAAACAGAAGAAGCUCUCGUGACACCCCAUUCGAUGCCCCGCACUAUUGGGAAAUUCCGGACUCUCUCGUAGAUUCCACUGAACAACCGGCCCCGGGAAAACUUGAUGCUCCACAUUAUUGGGAAAUUCCGGACGCCCUAGUUGACUCCGUUCCGGAUUCGGACGAAAUCCGCAACUCUCGAGAAAUUCAGGGCGUCCUUGUAGCCUCCACUGGCGAGCCGACAACAGAUGAACUUCCCACUCCCCAUUAUUGGGAAAUUCCGGACGCCCUAGUUGAUUCCGGAUCCGUUCCAAAUUCGGACGAAACCAGGACCCCUUGGAAAAUUCCGGACGCCCUCGCGAACUACACUCGCGACCCGACAACAGACGAAGCCCGCUAUUGUGAAAUCCCAGACGCCGACACCAUUCGAGACCAGCAUCGACCGUCAUCACUUCCAAUUGACACGUUUCUCCGUAACAGGCCUAGGACAGUCCCAGACAAUACAGCAAACAGCGCACCAAGACCAGCAUCUCUUCCGCACCAGUACUGGAAUAUUACAGAUGAAGAUAUCGGUGGUGAUUCAGUCACCUUCUACGCAUCAGCGGCAGAGACAAGGUUUUCCACUGUCGUCGCGAAGAGCGAGGAAAAUAAUCGCCUGUACGAAACAGAAACGACACAGGCAGGCGACGAACAUGCGAUUCCGGCGACGUACGGAACCGACAGCGCGCAAACGGCCUCUGUGCUGGAUCCUGAAGACUAG